AUGAACCAAAGAUUAUUGCCACCAGGUCCAUGGAAAUUGCCUAUUAUUGGAAGCUUGCAUCACUUUAUUGGAGCACUUCCACAUCAUGUUCUUAGAAAUUUAUCCGGAAAAUAUGGACCUAUAAUGCACCUGAAGUUAGGGGAAAUAGAUGCAGUUGUUGUAUCGUCUCCUCAUUUGGCAAAACAGGUACUAAAAGUUCAUGACCUUUCUUUUGCAGCAAGGACAAAGCUUGUGGCGUCUGAUAUAAUCUUUUAUCGUCAAAAAGGCGUUGCAUUUGCAGAAUAUGGUGAUUACUGGAAACAGAUGCGAAAAAUAUGCACUUCAGAGCUACUCAGUGCAAAGAUGGUCAAGUCGUUUAACUUAAUUCGACAAGAUGAGGUUCAUAAUCUUGUCGCAUCAAUUCAUUCCACGCCAAAUGUUGUGGUUAACAUGUCUGAAAUGGUUCUUCAACUUACCAGCUCUGUUAUAUGUAGAUCAGCUAUCGGAAAAGUAUGGGAUGAUAGAGACAAUUUGUUAACGAGCAUGAGGGAAGUGUUAGACGAGAAUAUUAUUAAUGAUCAUAAACAGAAUAAAGCAAAUGGGGAAAAAGGCAACAACGAGUUUGAGGGUGAAGAUUUGAUUGACGUUUUACUCAGAGUUAUGGAGAAUGAUGGACUUCAAUUUCAUAUGACAAAUGACAACAUCAAAGCAGUCAUUCUUAAUCUGAACAUUGUGAAGAAACAGCAAGUUGCUCGUUGCCUUCUGAAACUUAACUUGGGUGAUUGUGCUGGCAUUAUCUCAACAGAAUGA